GUUAAGUUUCUACGGUUCGAGGACAUGAAUUCUGUCAAGUGUUAAACGUCAUCAAAGUUAUAAGAAGUAUAUGUAUAAGUGUAUAUUUUCGUUUUUAUAUGAAAAUGGCAUGGUUGUCAGGUCUUGCUGAUAAGGCAGAAAAUUUAUUAAAUAAAAUAGAUAAAAACACUGCGGCUGUUUUAAAUAAAGACAAAUAUGAGUUAUCCCAAUCUCAGUUGACACAUGUUACAUGGAUUUCUUCUGAGUCAUGUGUUAACACACAAGAUGAUACAAUUUUGAAUCCUUCUACACAUACAGAAUCAUUAAAAGAAUUUCCUUAUGUUCGUUCAGUACCAAAUCUUUCAUCAUUGACAACAAAUUCUGUUAUGUCUAAAGACGAAGAGCUUCUAACUUUCUUAAAUACAUUAGAUUCAAGUCCAAAAAAUAAUGUAGCAGAAGUUUCAAUGUCACCAUCAACACCUUCUUCGCUCAUGGUUGAACAUCCAACAGAUACUACAGAUUCUGUAUCGGACUUAUCAAUUCAUAGUGGCCGCUCUAGUCCUAGUUUUGUCCAUACAUCUGUAGAGAUGCCAGAUAACCUUAAUCAUGAUGAUGUGAAUGUAGACAAUGCUAAUUUUUGUAAAAAUGUAAUAAUAAAUACCCUAAAUAAUGAAAUAAUGGAAAAUCAAACUUCUGAUAUUGUUUUGAAUAAUGAUCAUACUGUUAUGGAAAAGUCUGAUAAUAUAAAACAAGAAUACGAGUAUGAUGUGAAACAAGAAAAUACAGAAAUAGAUAAAUUGAUGAAUUCAUCUCACAAUAAGUAUAUAAGAAAGUAUUUGAAAGAAGUAGAAAGAAACUUAGAAGAAAGGAAUGAACUACUUGGAAAACAAGAAACAGAUCAUCAAAAAGAAAUCAUAGUUCUGAAUGAAAAAUUGCAGUCUUUAUAUACAGAAAAAGUACAAUUAUCCAAGCAAGUAAUAGAAUUACAAUCAGCUUUAGAGAGAAGUAGAUUAGAAUUAAACUCCACUAGAUCUGAUUUAGAACAACAUAAAGCUAGAGCUCUAAAAACAUUGCAAGAAAAAGAAAAAUUAAUAGCAGAAUUAAGGUGCAAUGAGUCUACAGGGAUGGAUGAUAUAACAAUUAUGGAACUAAACCAACUCAGGCAAGAACGUGAUAUACUCAGAGAAGAAAAUCAACAAAGUUCUGAGCAAUUAAGGAUAGUACGUGAAGAAUUAAUGAAUGCUGAUGUAAAAUUGGAAAAAAUGAGACAAAAAUCUGCUGAAGCAAAUAUACAAGCUCAAGAAAUUCUUGCUACAGAAAGGCGUAGAAGAUUAGAUGCAGAAGAAGAUGCAAGAUUACAUUCAGAUGAAAUAAGAUCAUUAAAGGAUGAAUUAAUUCGUCAACGUAAUAAUUAUACUACACAACUACAAAAAAGUGAUUCUGAAAUCGCUCGGCUUAGGGUGCAAUUAUCCGCAGCUUCGACACCAAGCAGCAAAGUAGAAUCAAGAUUGACAUCUCUGACCCAAACAUUGGUUUCAAAACAACAAGCAUUAGAAAUUUUAACAACUGAAAGAAAUGCUUUAAGAUUACAAUUAGAAAAAAUAGAACAUGAAUUUAGGAAUAGUCGACGUAACGUUUCGUAUAAUAACAUAAACGAUACAGAUGACGCUAAAGCUCAAGUACCCACAUUUUUGAUAGAAACUCCAUUUGAUACUGGAGUUACUAGAAGAGUAAAACGAGCUUAUUCAUUGUUAGAUGCUAUUAGUAUUCGUACAGGAGUAUUUUUAAGAAGGUAUCCUCUUGCAAGGAUUUUGGUACUAAUUUAUAUGGCAUUACUUCAAUUUUUGGUUCUUAUAGUUCUUCUAUCGCAAUCGCCAGAAGCGCAUUAAUGUAUAAUAUUUACAAUACAUGUAAUAGAACAUUUUUGUAAAUAUUACAUUGGAUUGGUGCAUACAUAUACUAAUAUUAAUUACUAAUUAUAUCAGUAACUUUUUAUAAACUAUUAAAUGGUAUGUUAUAUAAUGUACGAAAAUUGUAUUUCUAAAGAGAUAUAUAUGUUAAUUUUUAUAAAUGUA